AUGGCUACUCUAGAGACGCUGCCCGUUCUCAGUGACCCAACGUACCCCAUCCCAGAGAAUUUCCACAGUUUUUCCCCCCGGCCAUCCCAACCCAUCUCCCAGAGCACCAUGGGCAGCGUAGGCAGCGGCGUCGCCAAUGACCAGGAGUUCGCCAUGAAGAGCGUGGGGACGCGGACGCAGAGCAGCAGCCGGCAGACAGAGGGGUCUCGCAAUGGGUAUUCCACACGGGAGAUCUCCAACCGCUACUCCGGCGAGGAGAAGACAUACAAGUCGGAGAAGGUCUCCAAUUCCCUCUACAUCAACGGCGACCUGCGCAAGAGCGAGAAGGUGAAGAUGGAUAUCUGUGGGAACGUGACCACCAACAACGAGAAGAACAUGCCGCCACCUCCCCAAUACCGAGAGCCCAGUAACCCACCAAAGAUAUUGCCAAUCUCCGGCAAACUAGACCAGAGCAAUGAGCCCUUAGUUAGACCCUCAGCCUUUAAACCAGUAGUUCCUAAAAACUUCCAUUCCAUGCAGAACCUCUGCCCGCCACAGAGCAACGGGGUGACAGAGAACAGAAAGAGCUUGAACCAUGCCAACAGCAAUAGCCCAUCCGCACCCAAAAGUGGACUCGACAAGAGCAGCCUUAACAGGACUACAAACCAAGUGGGGGGCCUUUCGGAUUCAGGCCGUAAUUCGUUGACAAGCUUGCCCACCUAUGGGACAGGCUACAGCCAGCACGUUGGUCCAAUGAGCGCUUCCACCAGCCACAUCAACCGCAUCGGUACAACCUACGUGGACAAGAACAUCGUGGGAUACAACGGGAUAUCUACCUCAGACAGCGGGCGGUCUUCGAGCAAGAGCACCUCUUCGUUCAACAGACUGAACCAUCUCAAUGAAACAAUGCCUUUCCACUCGCCUUCAACGGACGAUAUCAUCCAAGACCUGGAAGACCGGCUGUGGGAGAAGGAGCAGGAGGUCCUCCAGAUGCGAAGGAACUUGGACAAAAGCGAGGCAGCCAUCUUCCAAGUGUUCGAGGAGAAGCAGAAGAUCUGGGAGAGGGAAAUGGAGGACCUGAGGCAAAACUAUGCCAACAAGUUGCAGCAGGUCUCCAAGAAGGCGCAGCGGGCUCAGCAAGCCUUGCAGCUCCAGAUCUUCAAGCUCCAGCAGGAGAAAAAAAAACUCCAAGAUGAUAUGGGACAACUCCUCCAGCAACGAGAGGAACUGGAGAAGAAAUUCGUGGCUUUCAAGAAAGAGCAGGCUGAGUUUCUCCCAAAGAUUGAAGAGACCAAGUGGGAGGUGUGCCAGAAGGCAGGUGAGAUCUCCUUGCUCAAGCAGCAGCUGAAGGACUCCCAAGCGGAUGUGUCCCAGAAACUGAACGAGAUCGUGGGACUGCGGACGCAGCUCAAGGAAGGUAAGAACUUCCUACGGGAGAAGGAGGAGCAGAUCCUCACCCUGAAGGACUCCUACAGCUCCAAGAGCGUCAACCUGGAGAUCUGCGAGAGCGAGCUGCAGCGCAAGAUGAGCGAGGUCCAAGUGCUGAGGGAAAAACUGAACCACUGUGAGCUGGAGGUCUCCAGCCUGAAGCGGACACUUGCCAGUGUGGGACCUCCGGGACCUUUUGGUGGGGACGCUGGGGAGAAGCUGCGGGACCCACUGGGCUGUGAGAGCGAUGAAGCCAAGAUGCAGCGGCAGAGCGAGGACAGCGUCAACACGCUGCGGAAGGAGGUGGAGCGGCUCCAGACGGAGCUGAAGCUGGAGCGGCAGCAGCGGGAGCAGCAAGUGAUGGACUUUGAGGAGGAGCGGCGCACGUGGCAGGAGGAGAAGGAGAAAGUCAUCAAGUACCAGAAGCAGCUGCAACUGAACUACGUGGAGAUGUACCAGAAGAACCAGCUCCUGGAGCACAAAGUGAAUGAGAUGAACACAAAGGCCACCAGCCCCCCGCACACCGAGGAGAAGAAACCAUGGACUCCCUCCAGACUCGAGCGAAUAGAGUCCACCGAGAUCUGA